AUGAUCGGUGUAAGUUGGAAUGUGCGGGGAUUGGGGAACCCGCACACCUUCAGAGCCUUGAAGAAAUUUCUUCGGGCAAAAGACCCCGAUUUGGUUUUCUUGAUGGAAACCAAGAAGAAAAAGCAGGAGAUGGCAAAUAUUUGUUUUGAUUUGGGUUUUGAAGGUUGUAGUGUAGUAGGUAAAGUCGGUUUUAGCAGCGGUGGCUUGGCAAUGUGUUGGAAAAACAAGAUGGAGGUGCGACCAGUGGGUUCCUCCCAAGGUCACAUUGAUGUCGCAGUUUUGUUUAAAGGGCAAGUAAUAAGGGUUACUGGAUUCUAUGGGAAUCCUGACUCUCAACUUAGACACUUUUCGUGGGAUCUGCUGAGGCGCAUCGCAAAGUCAGUCAGGGGUCCAUGGAUUGUGUUUGGGGACUUUAACGAAUUACUGUGCAUUGGAGAUAAAAGAGGGGGUGGUGAACGGCCUGAAGCUCAAAUUCGGAGAUUCCGUGAAGCAGUAGAUGAGUGUGGCUUACAGGAGGUAGAAUUCUCAGGGCCGACCUUUACAUGGAAGAGGGGGACCUUGCUAGAAAGACUAGACAGAUGUUUCAUUAAUGAGGAAGCAGGGGUUUUGUUUCCACGAUUUCAUGAAGCACAUGUGGAUGUGGGAGCUUCUGACCAUCUCUCAUUAGUCUUAUUUUCAGAGGGGUUAAAUUGUGGGAGAAAAGGAGGAUGGAAGGGGCUAAGAAGGUUCCAAUUUGAACCUUUCUGGGCUAAGGAGCAGGAGAGUAAACAAGUAGUCGCUGAUGCUUGGCAGAGUGAUGGGAACCAAUUAAAUAAUGUACGAGCCAAACUGGCUGGUGUAUCAAAGGAGCUACAAAGGUGGAAUGAGAACAAAUUUGGCCUUAUUCCCAAAAAGAUACGACAACUUAAUAAGGAACUGGAGCAAUGUCCUUUUGAUAGUAGUGAUGAAGUAGUGCAAAAUCGGAGAAAUGCUAUUGUGGCGGAGCUUAAUAAGUCCCUGGAAAUUGAGGAGUCGAUUUGGAGACAAAGGUCUAGAAUUAAUUGGCUACAAGAGGGUGAUCGGAAUACUAAAUUUUUUCAUGGUUUUGCCAAAGGGAGGGGGCGGAAGAAUAGGGUGUUGGGAAUUAUGUCUAGCACUGGUGAAUGGAUUGAGCAAGAGACUGAGAUUCAACAAGCUUUCAACACUCACUUUUCUCAGUUGUUCACUUCAGAAGGAUGUGAUCAUAUGGAGCUGGUUUUGGACACUGUUCAGAGAAAAGUCACAGAUGACAUGAAUGCUAAGCUGAACAAGCCGUUCACAAAAUUGGAUAUUGAUGAGGCACUUAAGCAGAUGGGGCCGGAUAAGUCUCCUGGGGAGGACGGGUUCUCGGCAAGAUUCUACCAGGCGUAUUGGGAGAUAGUGGGAGAUGAGGUGAGCAACCGAUGCCUGCAGGUCCUAAAUGAAGGCGCUAGUGUGAAAGACCUAAAUCAUACAUUAUUGGCUCUUAUUCCAAAAAUUGAGAAUCCACAGGGUGUCGCUGAUUUCCGGCCGAUAAGCCUGUGUAAUGUUCUCUACAAGCUGAUUUCAAAAGCUAUGGUUAAUCGAAUGAAGGUACUACUCCCGGAGGUCAUUUCCUGUUAUCAGAGUGCUUUUGUCCCAGGUCGGUGUAUUCAUGAUAAUGUAGUCACAGCUUUUGAAGUAAUACACUCCAUACGGAACAAACAGACAGGGACUCAUCCUUACUGUGUACUUAAACUGGAUAUUAGUAAAGCCUAUGACAGGGUUGAAUGGAUAUUCCUUCGUAAUAUUAUGCUGAAGCUGGGAUUUAGUGAGAGGUGGGUUGAACUAGUUAUGAAGUGUGUGGAAUCAGUCUCUUUUAGUAUUUUGUGGAAUGGUAAGGCUAUGGGGAUGAUUAACCUAUCGCGGGGGUUGCGCCAGGGAGACCCGCUCUCACCAUACCUCUUUUUACUUUGCUCCGAAGGUCUUACCAGCUUAUUUCAAAAUGUGGAGAGAGAAGGGUUGGUACAUGGAGCUAAAGUUUCUGAAGGAUCCCCGCCUAUUUCACACAUUUUGUUUGCGGAUGAUAGCAUGCUAUUUGGGAGAGCGGAGAUGCAGGAAUUGACAUUGUUGAAGCAGUGUUUACUGCUUUAUGAAAGAGCGGCAGGACAAAAGGUGAAUUUUCAAAAAUCAGCAGUAGCUUUUGGUCCAGGACUGUUAGAAGAGCAGAAAUCCUUGAUUGCUACUUUCCUUGGGGUUCUAGUGGUUCCAUUUCAUGAAAAAUAUUUGGGUUUGCCUACAGUAGCUGGGAGGAAUAAGAAGGAGAUGUUUAAGAGGAUCCACGAGCGACUUGACCAACAUUUGCAGGGAUGGCAGUCGAGGCUGCUCUCCAAGGCUGGAAAAACAAUAUUAAUAAAGGCUGUUGCGCAGGCUAUUCCCUCUUACACCAUGUCAGUUUUCAAGCUAUCAAAAGGAGUUUGUCGUAUUUAUCAAUCAAAGGUAGCUAAUUAUUGGUGGGGAUCCGGCGGAAAGAAAAAUGGCAUUCAUUGGUGCAAAUGGGAUCUACUUUGCAGGAAUAAGAUGGAUGGAGGACUAGGCUUCCGUGACAUUGAAUGUUUUAAUCAAGCACUACUAGCAAAAACUGUUUGGAGGAUUGUAAUGCAGCCGACCUCUCUAGCCAAUAGGGUUUUACAAGCUAAAUAUGUUCAUGGUGGAGACUGGGCAGCGGCACCGAUUGGACCAAAACCGUCUUUCAUUUGGAGAAGUUUGGUGUGGGGGAAAAAGCUUUUAUGUGCUGGUAUUAGAUGGCGGGUUGGUAAUGGUACUGCAAUCCGAAUCUGGGAGGAUAAAUGGCUUCCCUCUCCGUGGUCUUUUCGAGUAGUAACUCCAAGGUUUAUGGAUAGCAACACUAGAGUGAGUACUUUGAUGACGAGUCCAAGUAUGUGGGAUGUAAUUUUUAUUCAAACUCACUUCCUUCCUGUGGAUGCGGAUAAAAUCUUGUCCAUUCCAGUAUGUGAAAGGAGUGGAAGUGAUGUAGCUAUUUGGCACUACACAAAUGAUGGAUAUUACACUGUGAAAUCUGGUUACUGGUUGGCAAUGGAGUUAAAACAGGUAGGAAAGAGCACGAGCAGUAGUGGUGAGAAGGGUGAAACCAACUCCAAUUCGGUAUGGAGUAUUAUCUGGGGUCUCUCAGUCCCAAACAAAGUCAAGCUCUUUCUUUGGAGAGCUUGCCAUGCCUUCUUGCCUUGUGUUGAGCGUUUGUUUAAACGAAAAGUGUGUUCUUCGGAUAUUUGUAGUAGGUGUGGUGGUGCCAGUGAAUCAGUUUUACACAGUUUAUGGGCUUGCCGCAUAGCUCAGAAAGUGUGGAAGUAUUCCUGGUUAGCUGGAGUGGUGAAGCUAUGGAAAUUUCAGUCUUUUAGUGAUCUCUUACAUAGGGUGGCUAUGGAGGGCACGAAUAAAGAGUUGGAUUUGUUUGGAUUAGUUUGCUGGUGGAUCUGGAAGUGUAGGAAUGAUACUAUACAUGGUAAGGAGGGUCUGAAGCCUGAUAUACUUGUCCAGCGGUGCAAGGAAUGGCAGUCAGAAUUAGCUCAGACUCAGAGCACUAACAAACCGAUUACUGGUUUUGUUGUAAAGGAGAUAGUGCGCACCCCACAGGUCAGUAACACUUCUAGUUCUCUAUUGUAUUUUGAUGGGGCUGUGGAUAAGUUAAAUGGAAGGGUGGGAGUAGGAGCUGUGGUGUUGAACCCAGAACAUGGCCUUCUAGGUGCCUUAUCAAUACCACUUCCUCUUUCUCUAAACCCAAAAGCCACGGAAGCACUUGCCUUGUGGUAUGGAAUUGAGUAUGGAAAGAAGCUGGGAUUAUUAAAUGUUGAUAUAAGAGGUGAUGCUCUUAAUGUGCUUAAUGGCUUAAAUACUCGUGGCUGGGACUUCAGCGAGAUAGGAGGCGUUCUUGAUGCAGUGAGGUUGACUAUGACUGAAUUUGAGAUAGUUUCGUGGAGGCAUGUGAAGAAACGCUUCAAUGCAGUAGCACAUGAACUAGCUAGAAAGGCUUUGUCAUUAGCAGAAGAUUCUUUUCGUCCAAAGUCUGUUCAGGAACUUGUGUUUCAAUCUUGUUCUGCAUUUGGGUUUGGGUUUAGUCCAAUAAGUGAUGUUUAUAAAGUAGUUUUCUUUACUAGUUCAAGGUUAAUAGAAGCUACGUCUCCUCGUGAGUUUGGGCUUAGUCGUGGACCUGAGAAGGUGACGGUUUUGACUGUUGGUUCUGGGAGCUGGAGACAUAUUGGGGACUCUGUUAUGGGAGAAUUUGACCAUCAAUCAGGAAUUUAUCUUAAUGGAUACCUUCAUUGGAUUGGUAGAACUACACUGGUUGGGUCUCGUUUUAUAUAUGCCUAUUGUAUUGAAACUGAGAGUUUCCAACAGAUGCCACUACCACCUUGGACUGUUGAUAGCGACACAACUAGAUGUAACCUUGGAGUCUUGAACGGUUGUCUCUAUAUAACUGUUGGUUUGAGUUGUAAUAUCAAUGUCUGGGUGAUGAAGGACUACGGCAUUAAGGAGUCCUGGGCCAAAGAACUUGACAUGGGGGUGAAAUAUGGUGCAGCGUCUGGUUCAUCUACUCAAGCUUUGAAUUUUUCAAAGGAACGACAAGUGUUGUUGUUACAGAAUAGGUUGCAGGCUCAUAUUCUUGGAAUCAAGGGCUUUGUGGGGAUUGAGGUCGAUGGGAUGAAACCUUUGAUUGACGCUUCAUAUCUCCAUAUUCCAAGCUUUGUUUCACUUAAAGAUGUCUUUUGGGGUCAAAACUUGAUGUCUGGUCGAUUCGAAAAAUUGAGGAUUAGAGAUGCUGGUGAAUUGCAACGACCUGCACCGAAUGAGACGAUAGUCAGUAGCCGGCCCUGCAGAAGUCAACAAAGGCCAGGUAGCAUGAAAGCGAAUGCGGCAGAUCGUGGGAGUGCUGAAACAGAUCAACGUAAUCUGCUACCUAAAGGGACUGUUCGAUCUAAAUCUGCAGUAGUUGAAAACAAACAACAGGAACAUAGUAACUCGACCAUAAAGAAGAGUAACCAAGUAACUCAGGUCAAUGAAGGGAUUUAA